UCCGUAACGCUCCCUUUAUGAGAGAAGAGGUUCGGAAUCUGGACGCCUUUUACGACGUGCGCCGACAGCUGGUCGCAGUAAAGCAAGCAUCCUGGGAAACGUUGGACAGCGUGCCGAGAAAACUGUAGGGCUGUGCGCACGGUCAAGUGAGGCGUUUACAAACUUCAACACCUUAUCAGCGAUUAAUCUAGGCACUUACAGCUUGGAGGGCAACGAUGGAUACAUAAGGACAUCUUCAGAAGGGGUCUCGUCAUCGUGAGAUUUAGAUAGAAGCUGAAGUCAGCAAUCUUCAAAAGUGCAGCAGCGAGUCAUCAGUCCGACAAAGACCACUAAAGGUUUAAACCAGUCAAGAGGAAACCCGUGGCUACAGAUCUUCAAAGCAUUAAUCGUGAUUGUGGAUUGGUUACAAGAGCCAGGGCAGUAGCUCAGUUUGUCUAUGACGUGCACUCUCGAUCCCUGAAGUGCGACGUCGUUUUCAGUCACUUAAACAGUGUGUGCUACAGCUGCAAUCCACUUGAACCCGAGGUACUUUCAAUGCGGUACCGGGGAUCGGACUUCACCCCUGAUUCUACGACGUCAUCGAACGCGAAAGACCGGUAAGGCUUAUCCGUACCGUUUCAUCGAAGUCAAGGACAAGGAUACGGCAUCGCAACGCUUCACUUCGUCCCGUGUAACCGAGACAAGUUCAUCGCUCGCUGCAACCUCGAGAUACUUUUCGGCGUGCAGCAUUGAAGUUGACCUUCCAGGUUGCAACAUUGAAGUUGACGUUUCAAGUGGCAACGGUAUGCGUUUAUGAGCUGAGCCGAGGCUGCGUGAAAGAGUCUCUGCUAGUAAGGUCGUAAGUGCAGCUCAGUCUCGCGAGCACGAAGUAUAUAGCGUUGUUUUGGGUACUUGCACACCCAUGGACUUCGUCUGUGCCUUGUCUUGGAUUUAGGUGCAACGCUUUUCCUCUCGCGCGGUCGUAUCAUAACGACCACUGGUUCUUUAUCACCGUACUCGCUAUAUUCCUGGGUCUAAGAGGCGGAACAGCAGCUCCACCACGAUGGGACAAGUUGCAUCGCGUAACAUCGUCAAAGACGCGGCCCGCACCUGGCGUGCUGCUAGGUCCGGCUGCCGGAGGUCGCCUCUUGCUUCGUAUUCGACGAACGCUCAACGGGAGAUCGGCGUUCUCGGAAUUCCGCUUCAUCAGGGUCAGCGAAAGCUUGGCGUAGAAGAGGGGCCGAAGUUCCUGCGGGACGCUGGACUUCUCGACCAGCUCAGAGGUUUGGGUCAUCUUGUCAAGGAUUUCGGCGACGUUCGAGUGGAAGGCGAGCCAAACGUCACCGACUGCAACGCUAUCGAGUCGGACAUCGUGGGAAAAACGAGCAAGAACGUCCGCGAUGCUGUGGCCGAGGUACUCCGCUCGGGUCGCGUACUGCUCAACCUGGGCGGCGACCACACCAUGGCCAUCGGCACGGUCAGCGGUCACGCGCAGGCCACCCACUCGGACCUGGCCGUCAUCUGGGUGGACGCCCACGCCGACAUCAACACGCCCACUUCAUCCGCAUCAGGCAACAUUCAUGGCAUGGCCGUCGCUUUCCUGUUGCACGAGAUGGCGCCGUACGUCGUGAAACCCAGAGGUUUCGAGUGGAUACAGCCAUGCGUACACAAAGAGAACUUUGCGUUCAUAGGUUUACGGGACGUCGACGACUAUGAGCGGCACUUCCUGGACCAGCUUGGAAUAACUGUCUACGACAUGGCCGACGUGGACCGGCACGGGAUCCGAAACGUCGUCCAGAGAAUACUCAACAAGAUCAACCCGACAGGUACGAAGUCGCUGCACGUCAGCUACGACAUCGACUCGCUCGACAAAAUGGUGGCGCCCAGCACGGGAACACCCGUCAUGGGAGGUCUCACACUUCGAGAAGGACUAAUCAUCGCGGAAGAAGUCAACAACUCGGGUCAGCUGAGGGUUCUGGACCUGGCCGAAGUGAACCUGCGGCUGGGUAGCAAACAGGACGCCGAGAACACCCUGGACUGCAGCCUCAAGGUUGUCGACGCGUUCUUCGGAAGUCAACGCCGCGGAAACCUGCCGCUUCAUCUCGACAAGAGCAUCGUCGACCCGCGACACGUAUCCUAGUUGACACUGAAGACUGUGGUAGACCGCCUUUCUUCUUUCUUCUUUUUUUUUGCCACAGGAUAUGACAGCAUCGGCAAGUAUGAACAAGGCCGAAGGUUACCGGCGACAGAGCCUAGCGCUAAAUAAAGCGUUUAUAUGUGUACUUGAAA